AUGUCGUCCAACCACAACGAAAGCCUUCCAGGCAGCUGCUGGUAUUACAAAUCUACCCACCAUGAGCCACACUUGAACACAGCGAGCGAAAAUGGUGCUCUGUUUGUGCUGCCUGAUCCCAAUUUGAAUCUCGGUCCUGUCGAGAUCUCUGAGCAUGCAUACAAGGGAAAUGGCUGGCACCUACAAGAACCACAGAAAUCGCGGGUCGAUCUGCUGUGCGACAGGAUUCUUCUGCCAGUCUCCCCGUCCGAAUGGGUCGAUAUGGACCAUUUUAUUUGGCUUUCCCAGCAACCCAACCACCACAAUCACCCCAGUGCUACAACACCUAUUCACAUGACUUUGGGCCGUCAAACACGCCUCGAAUGCACAACUCCAGAGCCCGGUGGACAAACGGAGGCAAAGCGUGGCUCAAAGACGAACAAUCGGGAAAGGAAAAAGACCAGUGACGAAAGACGAGCCCACUCGAUAAUCGAACGAAGAUACCGUGACAAGGUAAAUAACAAGUUGAAGGAGCUUUAUCACACGCUCCGCGAGGUCAGGUAUCUGCAACAGUCGCGAAAUGCGGCCUCGGAUCGAACCAUCAUCAGUGAGCCUUCCGGUGGCAUGAAGAAGUCUGAUGUUAUCAACGAUGCAAUCACCUACAUUCACGAGUCCGAGAUCAACUUCCGGCAUAUGGCCGACGAAAUACAAAGCCUCAGAAACCAACUCAGCCAUUUCAGGGAUAAAGGUAUCGCCUGACGUCUUUGCAUGGCUUGCAGAAAC